AUGUCUAGGAAAUCAAGGGAGAAAAAGAAGGCUCAAAAGGCCCUGGAGGCCCAGAGAAAUGCUCGUGAUAUCCAAACCCCUGCACCUACGGAAGUGAGCUCUGACUCUGAAUCCCAACAAGCUGAAUCCUCAAGAGCACAAGGUUUGGGGCAAACGUCUAUUCAACAUAAGAAAGGCAAAGCUCCUGAGAGAAAGACAAGAUUUGCUAGGAGUCCAACUCGUGCCGGUGACUUUGCCCCAAAUGCAAGUGAACACGAAUCGAACGACGAAACAGAUAUCGAGCUGAGUGAUGCAUCUGAUCAGGAAGCUCCGGUUGAGCACAAACCAGAACCACUGAGUCACUGGGUCAAGGAAGUCAUUCGGAGCGAGACAUCGAAAGAGUCGGAAAGGAUGGUUGAGGAGUUCUUCACAUCCAACGAGCCUCAGUACGAAAGGUGCCAUGAAUUCUUUCAAAGACUUAACCACCACAUUCGAGGGGCCAAUGAGAAGCACGACGUUACGGAUAUUGAUACUGGUACUAUACCCGAGACUGGCUACAAUGGCCUAUGCCAGACCUGGCAGCACGCAGCAAAUAACGCAGUGGCCAAAGGCUCCCCGGUGGAGUUUUGGGCGGCUUUCAAUAAUACCCGUGAGGUUCUGAGACAUUUCAAUAAACGACACUAUCUUCCUAAGACCUGGAAUAUCAGUCAAGUGUGGGCUGAGCAAAGAAUUGGAACACCGAAUCCCAAAGACAAGGAAGAUACUAGCUCCUCUUCUGAGAGUGACGAUAACCAGCCUGAUCCGACCCGUCAGCUCUCAGCCAGUGAAGAUUCCAGUGUCGAAUCAGACAUUGAAUUUGAUGUCGAUGAACCCACUGGGCUUGAUGCUUUGGAAGCGAGAACCAUAAAACAGCAACGUCAAUUGAACUCCGCCAAAGUAAUGUAUUGGUGGCCCAAAGGUACUGGCUCUCAGAUCUUCGUGCGCUAUGGAAGCCGGUCUACGCCAAUCUAUCGUAUUCGGGCUGGGUCACACGAGAGUUACAAUCCAAGUCGAGUAGAGCGCGUUUUGACAACGAAGACUCGCGGGACCGCUAAAGUGAUCGGGACCAGGAACGGGCUUCCUGAAGAGUUUUGGAAAUAUCAGCGAAAAGACGUGGAGAACUUCGUUGGCAUCGGUUGGAAGGUUGAAGAGGAUGACGAGCAGGGUCUAGAUCCUCUCGGCCUGCUGCUGCCCGCGAAAGGCAUAAUCUACCCGCAAACUAGGAUUCUUGUCAAGUGGAAAGACGGUCUUUUUACUCUGGAGGGGCGAUCUUUCAUUCGCCGCAUCACGACUGGCUCAGUCUUGGACGGUGAUAGAGUUAUAUACCAAAAGGCCGAAGAACUCGAGACGACAUACCGCCAAAAGUACGGACUGGAUGAUGAAGACUAUGACGAUGAAGAUACUGCGAGUGACGUCUCUAUUCGACCAAAACAAGCUCGCAUCGAAAAGCAUCGUAGCAAGCUUGCUCGUUACUCGGAUCCAUCUAAAAGAAAAACGAGAAACCACUUUGAGUCCUCUGAUGACAGUGACUUCGAGAGCGACGCCUCUACCGAGCCAAAAUACCACCGUAGCAGAAGAUACCGCAGUGAACCAGCCUUUGGUUCGGUCUCAUCCAUGCAAAGACGCAAGCCAGACCCUGUCAAGACAAAGGACACAACAGCCCAAGUAAAAAUACUUGAGCGGGAAAUUCGGCGACUAAAUAUGCGUGGAUCAGCCUCCCCUCAGAGCAGGCGCGACGAGCAGCGAAGACCGCAACGUCGAGGUGACCGGCAUCGCACCGCUUGA